CCGCUCGUGCUGCAGGCGGGCUUCCGCCGGUACGCCGCGCGGCCAAUCUUCUCGGAAGACAACCGCCGCUCCACCAAGCACAAGCUCGAGCGGUUCGUGCAGCCGGGCCGGCAGGUGGUUGCGACGGUUUACGCGCCCGCGAUGUACGCGCCUUGCCCGCUGCUCGCCUUCCUGCCCGACGGCGAGGCCCCGCCCUGUCAUAUAGGCGCGCUGCUGUCGGUCGACGCGGACCGGAUCAUCCUCAAGCGGAUCCUGCUCACGGGCGCGCCCUUCCGCUGCCACAAGAAGAAGGCGUCCGUCCGCUGGAUGUUCUUCUCGCCCGACGACGUGCGUUGGUUCAAGCCCGUCGAGUUGCACACCAAGUUUGGGCGCAAGGGCCACAUCCGCUCGUCGCUCGGCACGCACGGCUACAUGAAGUGCUACUUUGACGGCACGAUGCAGCAGCACGACACGGUGUGCAUGUCGCUGUACAAGCGCGCCUUCCCGAAGUGGAGCGGCCCCUUCUCGUACGAGUGCGAGUGA